UUUUUCUCCAAAACCCCACCUUCCUCCUCCCGCCUUUUUUCUCUCCCGCCGCGCAAAACCCUAGCCUUCUCCGAUUCAACUCUCCCUUGCACUUACCCCAACCACUGUAAAUGGCGGCGGCGGAAGCACCAGCACCGUCUCAAUCCGAAAUCGCGAACGAAGGACCGGUUCUCAAUCUAGUCAACAAGCGUCUCCGCGCGCUGCGGAAGAAGCUCAAUCGCAUCUCGCAGAUGGAAGAAUCUCGCGCUCAGGGUAAAACUCUCAACAAAGAGCAGGAGGAAACCGUCCGUUCAAAACCCUACGUCGUUGCCGGCAUAGAGGAGUUCGAGAAAAUCCGCCAGCCGCUCCUCAGCGCCGUUGAUCAGGAAAUUGAGCUCGCUCUAGCGAAGAACAGCCACAAAACUGACAGCUCGACGGGCGAAUUCGCGAACGAAGGAGUCGCCGCCGCCGAGCCGGAGGGGAAGGAACAGAUCGGCGACGCUUCUGCGGUUUCUGAUCUGCUAAAUCUGCUGUAUUUCGGUAUCAUUUUCGAUGUGCAGACUCUAAUGAGUGCGAACGAUAACAUGCUGAGGAGGACGCACGAGAGGAAUUGCUGCUUGACGUACGACUACGUUACAGACGAUGAUGCUGCUGGCGAUCCUCUGAAAGAGUUAGAUUUGGACGUGAUUGCGGCGGUUGGGGGUUUGUUGAUUUCACGACCGGUUAAUUCGAGCUUGUCACAUAAGGAUUCGCUGGAGAAGUGUGCUGAGCAUGCUAAGCUAUGGCUAACCAACGCUGACCAACCAAUUGAGGCGGGGUCAAAUAUCACUUAUGCCGGAUUGAGGGAAAAGUUAAACAAAAUUAUGGCGUCAGAGUACUUUACAACUACUCCAGAGAUAAAGGCUCCAGUUGAUGUGGCUGCUGCUGCUGCUGGAAAUUAUACUUUUCAGGUGCUGCCAGUCCAUGGUUCUGUGAUUCCUCCAGCCAGCAUGCAUGUCCCAGUGGAAAGCUCGGGUACUGAGUUUCAGCAAGAGGAAGAACAGUCACCCAAUUCCCCAGACAAUGAAAUAUAUGGUGAUGAAGCAGCCGGACGAGUUGAACUUCACCAGGGAGGAUUAGAUGUACAAAAUCAAUCAGAAGAUCAGGCCGAAACAGAGCAUGGCAUACCCGACAGUGAUGCUUAUCAAGACUUGACAGAUGCUGACAUGAAGGAGCAGCAUCACACCCCUCGUAAGCCAUAUCAGAACUACAGAGGUGGACGUGGUGGUAAUGGCCGCAGAGGAGGAUACAGCAAUGGCCGUGGAGGGCGAGGGGGCAAUAGGGGAGGCUAUGAUCAGCCUGGUGGUUAUCAGCCAAGGAACAAUUAUAACUACAGAGGCCGAGGCGGCAGGGGUAUGGGUGGAAACUUUGGUUACCAGGGCCCACCUGGCAACGCUCAAACUGCAUCCUAGAUCUUUUUCCAAGGUAGUAGUAUCAUGGAAAAACCUUUGCACCCUUUUUCGGUGUUUAAUGUGGAAGUACAUUGACGAGUAAAUGAAAUACUUUUGAACUUUAAA